GACAACCCUCCCACUUGUUUUUGCUUUACUUCUCCAUGGAAGAAACAUUAUGGAGAGUAAAAAACUAAAUCAAUAAAAAUGAUCCUAUUCAAUAACACUCCUUUUCAAUAACACAGGUAAGCUAAGCAAAAUCUUCCUGCAAAAUAGAAAAAAGAGAGAACAUGUGGAUUCCAUUCUUAUAGAAUAUAUCACCAUCAAUUUCCUUGAAAAUAUUAAUAAUUUAUUAUUCCUACCACAAACAAAAUAAAUAAAUACAACCCUUUUUUAUUUUUUUAUUUUUACUCAUUAUUGUAUAAUAUUUAUUUUUUUUAAACAUUACUCCAUAAAUUUAUGUGAACAAUUCCCAAUCCCUAUCUAUCUCUCUCCUCUUCAAGAGCAUUUUUACAACAAACUCAAAAAAAUAAAAAUUCAAACAUUGAAGUCAUUCAUUGAUUAUGUCCGAAGCAGCAACAACAGAAAUUGAAGAAGAAAAUCAUCAAAAGUCUUCCUCUUUAUUUGCUAAUUAUAGUAAUAAUUUUCCAAGAACUCGGGAGUUUCAAUCAGGUGUGACGCAGGCGCAGCUACACCAUACAAUUCUAGGCCCUUCAUCAUCAACAUUCAUGGACCUUGAUUUUGGGGAUCUAGAUGCUUCUUGGUCGUUUGAUCAGAUCCCAACUUCCCCAGUUCUUAUUUCUACUUCUGACCAACCCUUUUCCCCUCUUUGGGCUUUUGCUGAUGAUCGGAAUCCUACUGGAAUUCGGAUUCCUGCUGAACUUUCUCGAUUUACUUCUUGUAAUCCAGAACCUGCUAGUGAAAAUGGAGGGGAUGAGGGUGGUGAUGACGACAACGAUGAUGAUAAGAAGAAGAUUCCUUGUCAAGUUUUGGGAUUCACUCCAAUAGACAACUUUGAUGUAUCGUUUAUCAUCAAAGAGAGAAUGACACAAGCACUUAGGUAUUUCAAAGAGUCAACAGAACAAAACCAGAUUUUGGCUCAGAUUUGGGCACCAGUAAAGAGUGGAAACAAUUAUGUGCUUACAACUUCAGGGCAACCCUUUGUUUUAGGGCCACACAGUAAUGGGUUGAAUCAGUAUAGAACUGUAUCUUUGAUGUAUAUGUUUUCUGUUGAUGGAGAGAGUGUAACGACUCUCGGGUUGCCUGGCCGUGUUUUUAGACAAAAGUUGCCGGAGUGGACACCAAAUGUGCAGUAUUACUCUAGUAAAGAAUAUCCUAGGGUUAAUCAUGCUAAGCAUUAUAAUGUCAGAGGAACCUUGGCUUUGCCUGUUUUAGAACCUUCUGGGCAGUCUUGUGUUGGAGUGCUUGAGCUUAUUAUGACUUCGCAGAAGAUCAACUAUGCUCCCGAGGUUGAUAAAGUUUGUAAAGCACUUGAGGCAGUAAAUCUAAAGAGUUCAAAGAUUUUGGAUCAUCCCAAUAUCCAGAUUUGCAAUGAAGGUCGGCAAAAUGCACUUGCGGAAAUCUUGGAAGUGUUAACUGAAGUAUGCGAAACAUACAAAUUACCCCUAGCGCAGACUUGGGUUCCGUGCAGGCAUAGAAGCGUUCUAGCGUAUGGAGGCGGUCUAAAGAAAAGUUGUUCCAGCUUCGAUGGAAGCUGUAUGGGACAAGUAUGCAUGUCCACAACCGAUGUUGCAUUCUAUGUUGUAGAUGCUCGUAUGUGGGGUUUCCGAGAAGCCUGUGCUGAGCAUCAUCUUCAGAAAGGGCAAGGCGUUGCUGGGAGGUCAUUUUCAUCCCAUGGUUUGAGUUUUUGCCGCGAUAUUUCACAAUUUUGUAAAAUAGAAUACCCCUUAGUUCACUAUGCUCGUUUGUUUGAGUUGACCGGAAGUUUUGCUAUUUGUUUGAGAAGCAAGCAUACAGGGGAUGAUGAUUAUGUUCUCGAGUUUUUCCUUCCUCGUAACUUAACAGACAGUUCAGAGCAGCUCAGUUUUCUAGACUCGAUAUUGUCGACAAUGAAGCACGAUCUUCAGAAUUUGAUGGUUGCUUCCGGGCGAGCACUGGAAGAGGAAAGAAAACAUAUGGAGAUCAUUGAAGUGUCAUCGGAUGAAAAUCUGGACUUACAAGUUGAAUCUAAUCUGUCGACUAGACCUUUACCGGUGGUAGAAACAAUAAAUGGCGUGCUACCAUUCGUAAAGAAUUCUCCUCCCCAGUUGGUGGAACCGGAUGCUAGACUUGCGGGAAAAAGUGUUGGUGGGGCCGGGGGAAUCCGCAAUGGAAUAUCUCUAACUGACAAUAAAGAGCCAAAGAAAGCCUCGGAAAGAAAACGUGGAAAAGCUGAAAAACAAAUUAGCUUAGAGGUUCUUCAGCAGUAUUUUGCUGGGAGUCUAAAAGAUGCCGCUAAAAGCCUUGGAGUGUGCCCUACAACAAUGAAGCGGAUCUGUAGGCAGCAUGGCAUAUCACGUUGGCCGUCUCGGAAGAUCAAUAAGGUGAAUCGCUCCCUUACAAAACUCAAGCGAGUGAUUGAAUCUGUCCAAGGUACUGAUGGUACAUUUAGCUUGACUACCCUUGCUCAACCUACUAUCCCUGUACCUGUUGGGUCUAUUACAUGGCCUGCUGGUGCGAAUGGGACUUGUCAACAACAAUCACCUACAUAUGUACCUGUCGAUCUUCCGGACGAAAGGAGUGAAAUGCCGCAACUUAGACAAAGAGUUGACGGGCAGACUAGUGGGAGGGUAUCGAGUCAUGAAGAAAGGAUUCACGAGCCAAAUGGGUUUGCGUCUAAAGCAAGUGGCUCUCGGGAAGUAAGUGCAGGGACGUCAACUUCUCAUGGAUCAUGUCAUGGAAGUCCUGGAACUGAAAGCACCCCGCAAAAUGGUCAUUUUGUUCCCAACUUUCACGAACAAGCCGGUCAUUCAACAGGUUUGAUUUGUGCACAAAAUGGAGAAUUACGUUUAUCCGCUGGUUACUCGAUCCCGGACACCCUCCUUGCGGCCCAUCAUCCUCAAGAAGCCUUUGGUGGCAUGCUUCUUGAGGAUGUAGGAAGCUCGAAAGAUCUGAGAAAUCUUUGUCCUUCAACAGCAGAGGCUAAUAUAGAUGAGACCAUUCCCGAACACGGAUGGAUAAACCAGCCUUGUUCAAACCCGUCUCCUAGAGUUGCAAUGAGUGCUGCUGGUAUGAUGCCUAGAUUUUCUGCUAGACAAGAUAUGAAGACCAUUACAAUAAAAGCCACAUUUAGAGAAGAUAUAAUAAGAUUUAGAUUUUCUUUGAGUUCUAACAUUGUCGAAUUGAAAGAUGAGGUGGCAAAAAGGUUUAAACUCGAAGUAGGCACAUUUGAGAUAAAGUAUUUGGACGAUGAUCACGAAUGGGUGUUGAUAGCUUGUGAUUCGGACCUACAAGAGUGCUUAGAUAUAUCAAAAUCAUCGGGAAGCAAUAUGAUUAGAUUGUUGAUACAAGACAUAUUAGGUAAUCUUGGAAGUUCAUGUGAAAGUUCGGGGGAAUGAAAGAAAGGCAUUGAACAGUAGGUACUUGCUUAGGUUGUAACUCGUAACCUAUUCUUGUUGAAGUAGUAUUAGGAUGGUGGGUAAGUUAGAUAGUGUAGAUCAGUGUAACAUGAUUUGCUUUUUGAAUUUACGAUUCGCUUAAAUUUGCCCAAGAAUAGCCCAAAACUGACCAUAAUUUGUUUUUUUGACUCGCAAUUCGCGAGGAGAUUAGCGAAUCAUGUGACACUGAUGUAAAUUGUUGUAUCAGUUGGGCUCUUUAUGCAAAAUUGUAUAUAGUUUGCUGAUUUUUAGGGUUUGCACAAUGUGGAUGUUCUUCUCUUUUUGGUUCAGUUUUGAUGAAGUUUGUUCACAGUUUCUUGUAAUUGUAAACAGAACAUUUUAAGUUAUAUGACAUGGUUUCUCCUGGAAAGAAAAUUACUGAUUCA